GUGAGACAGCGUCUAGAGCUUUGCUGGAGGUAGUGACGAAUGCUGAAAGCAACGUGGUCAGGGCCCGAAGGUGGAGUCACUGACUGGUCGAGUGAAUGAGGACUUUUGAGUUUUUUUUAAUGAAGCCGGCGUUCAGUGUGAAAACUAAGCGACCUCUUUGAAGAAGCUGAAAACGAUUUGGAAGCUUCUAAAUCUCAUGCUGAAGUAACUUAUGUCUUGGCUGCCGUGGGUUUUUGUAGUGUAGUUGGCGGAAGAAUUGACGCGUUCCACAUAUCUGUUACUGUGAUUAGUCGCUGAUUGGCGGACAGAUCAGUAUAGUACACGCUUUGAUGAAGGCCAAACGUUGUGCGUUUUACAGGAAGGUUUGGGCUUAAACUAGACUGUUUUGAGGGCUGACGUUUUCAAGAAUUAUUUUGUGGUGUGAUGAAAGGUCUAAAGAUGUGACUGUUCUGUUUUGUAUUGUAGAUUUUCUCAACUGGCGUGUGACGUUGGAUACGAUACGCGAUAGUGUAUUUCGAUUAAAGACAGUCGAACGUUACAGGUUAUGUGAUUGUAAUAUGUCGGAUCGAGCUUGGUGUGUGUGUGUUUAAUGUUUAAUAUAUUUGUCGCAAAGGAAUGUUAGUGUUGUGCUCAUUUAUUUUAAUCUAGAACGAACACGUAAUACGUAAAUGUCGCAAUUUAUAUGUAGCUCUGAUAGUUUCGUUUUUUAAGCGAAUUUAAAAACGUUGAUUGUAAAAUUUUUUAUUGUUGAAAGAUGAAAAUUCAUGCCGUAAUUGCAGACAGGACUUUAUGUACACACACUGUCAGUUCCAGGGAUUUGUAUUGUGUAUUGUGCUGGUAAUUGUCCUCCAACAUCCCGCAAGCACGCAACCCCCUAUUUGUGGUUUUAAUAUUUUAAAACUUGGCGGUGUAACCAUUUAUGAAUAUCUAUGUGGUGUUGAAAGUUGUAAAUUUUGUUUACCAAGUUAAAUAAUGUGCACCUGCAUGAAGUAAUCAGUAGAGCCUUGCUGCAUUCUUAUCACAACAUACAUACAACGCUAGUUUUAGUAACGACCAGUUAAAAGUAAAUGGUGAUAGCAUUCCUUAGCAACCGGAUCAUUAAGCAGACAGAAGUGACUUUGUGCGACAUACGAACUGCUUCAGGAAAAACAGUCAAGUCGACAUUUACAUUGUCCACGUGGUCUACGACGUACGUAGUUAAGUUCCGCACUGGAAAUAAGUUCUCGUAAUAACGUCAAAUUAACACGUCACAGGAAAAUAUAUUUUAUUGAGCUGUGUAGUUGUUGAGUAACGUGGUAUUUUUUUUGUGUGUGUGUUUAUUGGAUAUGUUAGCAGGUCUGCUCAGAACUGUGUUUGUGUUUUAUUUUCAAUAAGUGAUUCUAAAUUUCUGGGUAAAUAUGUUGAACUGUACAGACUUAGAAUGUAUUUUGCAUCACAACCAUUACUACGAACAUCUGCACCAGGUACAGCAGAUGCAGCACCAUCUACAGGAUCAUCGCGAACACCACGCCAUGUCCGGGGAGGCGGACAACAUCGGUGACGUAUCCAACAGUCUGAAUGGAACGGGUGAUUCAGAAGUCUCGGGACUGUCGCAUGUCGAUGCUCCGAGCGAUGGUGUGUACAUUGUGUGUGGGGUGGUCAUUGCAAUGAUCCUUGUGGCGGGAAUCAUCGUAUUGCUGGCAUUGUUUAUAAGCAAAUUGAGGAAGAGGGACGAGAACAGUGUUCGGCAGGAUCACGCGAUAUUGCAUUCUGCUCAACAGCAGAAUAACAACCAUUGCAAUCAUAACAACAACAACAGUGGGACUGCAACCCCUCCUGCUGUAGCAAAUGGAGGCACAACCAUCCCGACAGUGUCAGCGACCGUAAUCUACCCUCCUCCUAUACCAACAUCAACUGACGCUGCAGCUCUUGCCAAUGGUUUGACCACGCCGCGUCAAUUCAUAUGGCAAAACCCGGCCACACACCCAUACGCAUUGUACAGCAAUGACAAGGAAACACUUGUACAUCCCCUCCCUUCAGAACAGCCAGGAUUUUGCCGUGGAUUCCGGAAGAAUCUUCAAGGACGCUGGAAGCGCCUUGUAAAGAGGAAACCCAUCAACGAAACAUACGCUAUCCCACCAGAGCUUCGUGAUCAACUGAAAAACAUCUAUGUUUACUAACAGCUGUUCUCGCAACAGUCGUUGUGAGGGAAUAAAAAUGUAAAUAAUUGAACAGUUCCUGUUUCUUAAGUUUACAUGUGCAGAGAUUGAAGUACCUUGUUAAAUUAAGAAAAAAUAUGCAUUUUUAAACACACAAACACUGUAAACCAGAAUACCAUUGCAAGAAGCACAGCAUAUUCUUCAACAGACCAGUAUUGUCGUUUGCUCAUUGUUAUGAACUUACAUAAAGGCAUUAUGCCUAUUUCAAAGUCAAAAUUUUGGACGUCACAUGACUAAAAUGUCAUUUGUAUAAAUUUUAUAUAAAAUCGCAUGCUCGUUUAUGAUAUCAACAUCGUCACUUGAUUCAGUUACGCAAAUGGACGCAGUUUGGAAUUAUGAGAGUUCGUAGAAAUUUGACCUGUAAUGAUGAGAUUAAUGACAUUUUUUGCAGUUUUUUAGGGAACAGAAUUUUAUUUCUGUAAUUGAUGUACUUUGGUUUCUCGCAAAGAGGUUUGCUGUUUGUGUGUCGACAAGCAGUCAUUUGUCCCCAUUCCCAGUGUCAGCUAUGAACAUUCGCAUUUCUCCCUCAGUGCGUAUUGAAUUAAAAUGUAAAUAGCCCAGUGAAGCAGAUUGUAAGCUCUUGACUAGUUGGGAAUUUGUCUGGCAGGUUGACCAAACUGGAAUCGGUUUGUUCUGUCGGAAUUUCUCGCGGCUGGAAGCAAGCACGUGGUCAGGAUAAGUGCAGAUGUCUGUGAUGGAAUGGAUGUGAUAUUAAAUGCUGUAAAAGCGGAGCAGAAAAGUCAGGCCUAUGAUAUUAUUGUAUAAAUAUUAUAACCUUUAGUAUUAUUCAAAAUGAUAAAUGCCUUCUACAUAUAUUUUAUGCUUGCUGGUAAAGAAGCAGAAAGUAGUAGCUGGUACAUUGAGAAUAUUAAAUAUUUGUUUAGCUCAUAUUGAGCUUCUGUUAGUUUGUUAUUAGUGUAUUGUACAAAUGAAAGCGUUGAAAUAUUAUGUACCAGCAUUAGUUUACAGAUCGAAGGUAAAAUCUUUUCUGUAUUGCAGUAGAUUUGUGCAGUGUUUGUCAGAAUAUUAAGUAAAAGUAAAAAGUAAAUGUUCGCAAUGCGGAAGAUAAGCGACAGUUGGCUGUAAUUUUUAUGAGAAUUUCUUCUAUAAAAUUUUAGCCACCCCAGCCAAAUUUUAAAUGUAUUUGAAAUUUAGUUUUAAAUUUUUUAUUUCUGAUUGAUCUAUGAAUCCUUUUUGGAUAAGUUUGUGGAUUUCAAAAAUUAUUGUUAUGGAUGACUACUUGUGAAGAGAAACUAAAUGUGAAUUGUUAUUUAUUAUUAAAAAUUUAAAAAAAAAAAAAUGACGAAACUGUACUGUUAAGAUCUAUGUUAAUAGUUUGUAAAUAAUUGUAUGUACAUAUAUUUCUUAGUUAUUUUGUGUUUAUGUUUAAGAACAUGUCAGUUUCAAUCAUUUUAGUUGUGGAAAGUAAGUAAGAUUAUUGAUUCAGGUACUAGUCAUGGAUUUAUGCCAAAAUAUGCAGAGUUCUGGAGGCAAAGUGAAGUUACAAGAGCAUUCAGUGUUGUCUGAUCCCAGUUUACAUAGUUUUGUCACGUUUGUUUCACCUAAAAUUUUGCUGUGAAAAAUGUGACAGUCCUACAUUAAUCUUAUGUUUUGUUAUUCCAUAGAUUUUAAAAGAAAAAUGUCCAUUACAUAAAACCUUUGUUUUAAAAUUCUCUUAACAAUAUCAGACAUAAAGCAUACAGACAAUUUGGAAAUGCUCUUUCUUAGCUUUUCUUUGCCUAUAUAGCGGACCAUUCGUGACCAAUUGGAGCUGCACAAUUAUUUAAAACACAUGUAUUGAUGUAUGAUCUGAGGUUGAAGUAUUUUUAAUAUAAAAUGUUCAUUUUUAAACAUCAUGCCAGUUUUCAUUCAUUUCAUAUCUGAUCAUUCCAUUCUUACGGUUCUGACGUAUAUUUGUAUCAAAAUACAUGCUUAUUUCAGAAACUUGUAAAAUAAAUAAAAGUUGAAUAAUAUCCA